AUGGAGGAGGGAAUGAACCUUCUCCAUAACUUUGGGAUCCAAUCAACGCGCUACCUCCAGGUGAAUUACCAGGACUCCCAGGAUUGGUUCAUCUUGGUAUCUGUGAUCGCGGACCUCAGAAAUGCCUUUUAUGUCCUCUUCCCCAUCUGGUUCCAUCUUCAAGAAGCUGUGGGCAUCAAACUCCUCUGGGUAGCUGUGAUUGGAGACUGGCUCAACCUCGUCUUUAAGUGGAUUCUCUUUGGACAGCGCCCCUACUGGUGGGUCCUGGACACUGACUACUACAGCAACACCUCGGUGCCACUGAUAAAGCAGUUCCCAGUCACCUGUGAGACUGGCCCAGGGAGUCCCUCUGGCCAUGCCAUGGGCACAGCAGGUGUAUACUAUGUGAUGGUCACAUCCGCCCUCUCUAUCAUUCGGGGAAAGAAAAAGCCAACCUACGGCUUUCGGUGCUUGAAUGUCAUUUUGUGGUUGGGAUUCUGGACUGUGCAGCUGAACGUCUGUCUGUCACGAAUCUACCUUGCUGCUCAUUUCCCCCAUCAAGUUGUUGCUGGAGUCUUGUCAGGCAUUGCAGUUGCUGAGACUUUCCGCCACAUUCAGAGUAUCUACAACGCCAGCCUCAAGAAGUAUUUUCUCAUUACCUUCUUCCUGUUCAGUUUUGCCAUUGGAUUUUACCUGCUGCUAAAGGGGCUGGGCGUUGACCUCUCGUGGACCCUAGAGAAAGCCAAGCGAAGGUGUGAGCGGCCAGAAUGGGUCCACAUCGACACCACGCCCUUUGCCAGCCUCCUCAAGAACGUGGGGACCCUCUUCGGCCUGGGUCUGGCUCUCAACUCCAGCAUGUACAGGCAGGGCUGCAAAGGCAAGCUCAGCAAGUGGUUCCCGUUCCGCCUCAGCUGCAUCGUGGCCUCCCUCGUCCUCCUGCACUUCUUUGACUCCUUGAAACCCCCAUCCCAAAUCGAGCUGAUCUUCUACGUCCUGUCCUUCUGCAAGAGCGCGGCAGUGCCCCUGGCAUCUGUCAGCCUCAUCCCCUACUGCCUCUCCCGGGCCCUGGGCCAGCCCGACAAGAAGACUUUGUAG